GAUAAAAUUCUUCCAAGAAUUUAGGAGGAUUGAAAAUCUCCGAAUAAAAGUGCGAAAACCUGCAGCGCAAGAGGUAAAAUGGAACCAUCCCGCAGGUGAUCCUCGAGGUACGAGGCACCAGGAUGCAGCCAGCCCAGGUGCUCCUCCUGCUAGUCCUGGGUACGUCCUUCGUCCCGGGACCUCGAGCCGAGCUUGUGCGGCACCUUGAGGUGUCGGAAAAUGCUCCAGCGGGAACCCGGGUGGGUAUGAUUGACGCGGAAAGUCCGCCGUACCUGAUCGUCCCCGUGCUGGGAUCGGCGGUUGAGGCCGACCUGGUCGUGGACCAGGCGACGGGCGAGAUCAGGACGCGGGUACCGCUGGACCGAGAGACCAGGGCGUCCUACAACCUGGUCGCACUGCCACCGAACGGGGAGAACGUCAGGGUGGUCGUCAAGGUCCUUGACGAAAAUGACAACGCGCCGGUGUUCCCGGUGGAUUCGGUCGACGUGGAAUUCCCGGAGAACUCUCCUCGGGACGCGAAACGCGCUCUGCCGCCGGCCAAGGACCCGGACCUGGGACAGUACACGACUCAGCGUUACGAGAUCGUCUCCGGAAACGUCGGCGAGGUCUUCAGGCUCGCGGCCCACCGCGGCAGGGACGGCGUCCUCUACCUGGACCUGCAGAAUUCCGGCUCAUUGGACCGUGAGGCUCGCUCGAACUACGAACUGGUGAUCGAGGCGCUCGACGGCGGAGCACCGCCGUUGCGAUCGCGGCUCAGGGUAAACGUCACGAUCCAGGACGUCAACGACAACCCUCCGAUAUUUAAUCAGACUCGGUACUCGGCCAGCGUGCCGGAGAACGCGACCGUCGGAACGGCGGUUCUUGCGGUGAACGCGCAGGACUUAGACGCCGGUGAUAACGGAAGGAUAGAAUACUCGAUAAACAGACGUCAGUCCGACAGGGAAGAGAUGUUCAGGAUAGACUCCGAGACGGGUAUGGUCUUCGUGAACAAGCCUCUGGACUUCGAGUCCAAGGAUCGACACGAGCUCGUCAUAGUAGCCAGAGACAGAGGCGCGCAACCUCUCGAAGCCAGCGCCUUCCUCUCGGUCAGGGUGACAGACGUCAAUGACAACCAGCCGGCCAUCACCGUGAUAUUUCUGUCCGACGACGCGACCCCCAAGAUAUCGGAGAGUGCUCAGCCCGGUGUCUUCGUCGCGAGAAUAUCCGUCAGCGAUCCUGACUCCAGGACCGAGUACUCGAACGCCUCGGUAAGCCUCUUCGGCGGCGAUGGACACUUCGAGCUUGCCACCAGAGACAACAUCAUCUAUCUCGUGGUGGUAGAGAAGCCCUUGGAUCGGGAGGAGCAAUCGGUCUAUGAACUCUCCGUCGAAGCGACGGACGCCGGAACGCCGCCACUUCGAGCGGCCAGGACCUUCAGACUCGUCGUCACCGACGUCAACGACAACGCACCCAGGUUCGACAAGGACCGCUACGAAGCCCAUCUCCUCGAGGCCUCCGAGCCCGGUGAUCCCGUCGUUCAGGUCUCCGCCACCGACCUUGACGAGGGACCAAACUCGGCCAUAAAAUACUCGAUCCGCAACACCACGUGGUUCGCCAUCGACGAGUACACCGGUCUUAUCACCACGGUUACCCACAUAGAUUGCGAGGCUGAUCCCGCACCUAAGAUUAUCGUCGUUGCGACAGAUUCCGGUCACCCUCCUCUCAGCAGUAGUGCCACAGUUCAGGUCACCGUUCACGACCUCAACGAUAACGAGCCCAUCUUUGAAACACCGUUGUACAACGUCAACGUAUCCGAGGACUUUCCCAUAGGACGCUGCUUCAUUAAGGUGCAGGCGACUGACCCUGACUGCGGAGUCAACGCCAUGGUCAACUACACUCUGGGAGGAAGUGGAAUCGCCACUGAACAACUCAUGGUGCGCAGUGAUACUGGCGAUAUCUGCGUCAGGGCACCUUUGGACCGUGAAACAGCAGCCUUUCUUGAAUUACCGGUCAUCGCAACUGACAGAGGAGGCCUCAGCACGACCGCCAUCGUUCUGGUCCAGGUGAUGGACGUGAACGACAACCGGCCUGUAUUUGAGCCCUGGCAGUACAACGUUACCCUGCGGAGUGACAACCCCGUUAACGGCGCGGUUCUCCGGGUCCUGGCGACCGACAAGGACGCUGGUCACUUUGGUCAAGUGUCCUACCGAAUUUCCGGCGGAAACGACGCCAGUGUUUUUCGCAUCGACGGGACUUCCGGAGAACUCUACGUCGCUAAGCCCAGCCUUCUGGCCAGGUCCCAAAUUCACCAUCUCAACGUUACCGCUACCGAUGCCGCAGGGCUAAACUGCCUCAAGGACGCCGAGGUUAGGAUAUCCGUCUCAUCCGCUGGGAACAGAAUCGCCGCCUGCGAACGACCCAAAUACUCAAUCAGCGUCAAGGAGAGCGUGCCCCAGAACACCAUCAUCGGCAACGUCAAGGCUGCUUCCGAUUCCGGUGGUGCUCUGCGAUUUUUCCUAGCAACCGAGGAGCCUCAUGUAUCAAUCGAUGCCGGUACUGGACUCUUGCGAACCAGACUCCCACUGGACCGGGAAACUCGGUCGACGUACAUGCUGAGCAUAGCGGCACGCAGCGGAAUACUCGUAGGAUACUGUCAAGUCGAGAUUGAGGUUAAGGACGUGAACGACAACCCGCCAUCAUUUCCGACUGCCUCGGUGCGCAUAUCAGUGCCCGAGUCUCACCCUCUUCACACGCCUCUCUACGUGGCGCACGCCACGGACCCGGACAUCACGCCACCAGCACCGCUUCGCUAUCUCCUUACGCAAAACAGCAACGAGCUCUUCGGAAUCGAUGCAAGGCUCGGCGAGCUCUACCUUGUGAGGAGGCUGGACUACGAAACCCAGCAGAGGCACAGCCUGCUGAUAAGCGCCGUGGAUGGCGCGGGACUCUUCGCGAAUUUCAGCCUCAGCGUCGAGGUUCAGGACGUGAAUGACAACCCCCCGGUGUUCGAGAGAAACGAGUACCACGUGGACGUUCCCGAGGGCGCCAGACUCGACUCACAGAUACUGCAAGUUACGGCUGUUGAUCUGGACACUGGUAACAACGCGCGUCUCAGUUAUCGGCUUCAUGGAUCGCCUUCGUUUCGCAUCAGUCCGAACACAGGGUGGAUUUACCUCGCCCAAUCUCUCGAUCGAGAGACAGUAGAUCGUUACGCCCUGACGGUUCUAGCGACCGACAACGGAUCUCCAGCUGCAACGGCGAACGCUUCCGUGCUGGUCACCGUCCUCGACGAUAACGACAACGAGCCUCGGUUCAAGAAGGAGUCCUACAGCUUUGAACUCCUCGAAAACUUACCAGCCGGAACCCUAGUUGGUACAGUUUUCGCCACCGAUCCAGAUCUUGGGAAAAAUGCUCUCCUUCGGUACUCCAUCAUCCAGCCGAACAGCAGUUUCGUCGUCAAUCCUGAAACCGGGGAGAUCAGGACCCACGAACCUCUCGACCGGGAACUUCGCGCCCUUUACGAACUCGUCCUGGAAGCUCGGGACCAGGGAACGCCCUCGAGAGCGGCGAGGGUUCCGCUCAGAAUCGCGGUUUUGGACGUGAACGACAACUCACCGGAAAUCGUUGACCCUCAGAGCAACGUGGUCAGCGUUCGCGAGGAGCAGCCACCCGGGACGGAAGUAGCCAAGGUCCGGGCCCUAGACUCGGAUCGCGGUGAAAACGCUUCGGUCACUUACAGCAUCCUAAAAGAUCGUGACUCCGACGGUUACAAUGUCUUCACCAUUGACCCCACCACCGGCAUGAUUAGGACCAAGGUGGUACUCGACCACGAAGAACACAACGUCUACCGCGUGUCCGUCAAGGCCAGUGACGCCGGUCGACCACCCCGACAUAGUGUCAGGGCACUACGUGUCGAGGUUUUGGCUCUCGCCGACAACAGGCCAACCUUAACUAGCAGCAGUCUGACGUUCACGGUUCGCGAAGACGCAAUGAUCGGUUUCGGAGUGGGCUCGGUAGCCGUAUCUGAGCCAAGUCAUCUAGUGGCGUACACGUUGGACUCAUUGACACCGAUCAGCGAGUUUCCAGCGUUCGACGUGUCCAGGGGUUCGGGUCAGCUGGUAGUGGCGCACUCUUUGGACCGUGAAAAAAUCAGCGAGUACCACCUAGAGAUACGGGCGUUGGACACGACGUCGAUAGGCAAUCCACAGAGCAUCGCGAUCUCGGUGAAGAUCACGGUGGAGGACGCGAACGACAACGCACCGCAGUGGACGCUGGACCCAAUAACGGUCAGGGUGUCUGAGCGUGCGACGAUUGGCUCGACGAUCUACAACCUGACCGCGACUGACCUGGACAGCGGCGUCAACGGCGAUCUGCGCUACAGUCUUGUCACCGAGCUUCCAGCCACCGGAAACUUCGCCGUCGAUUCGCUGACCGGAGCUCUAACUCUCACUCGACCUCUCGACCGCGAGGAAAGAGCCGAAUACACCCUGGUCCUCAAGGCCUCGGACCGUGCUCCACCCGCCGAACAACUGGCGGCUACUGUAACGGCUCGCAUAAUCGUCCUCGACGAAAAUGACAACGACCCCGUCUUCGUGUCACCCGAUAAUCCGCGGAUAUCUGUCACCAUUGACCUUCAACCAGGCACUCCACUGUCAAGGGUUGUUGCGGUGGACAAAGACAGUGGUGACAAUGGACGCGUGUCGUACGUAAUAACAUCCGGUAACGAAGGGGGCAGAUUUUCGGUCGGUUACGAUUCGGGAAUCUUGACUUUGGCACGGCCAAUGAGGGGCCCAACGGAGUUGGAGAUAACGGCCAACGAUCACGGGACGCCGCCAAGGAAAGCCUCGCUUAAGCUGCACCUUGCAGCCUCCGCACACGCUGCCGGACCCCCGAGACUCCUGCAGGCGAACCCGAUAGUCAGGAUAUCCGAGGAUGCUCAGGUCGGCGCUUCCGUGGCAACUGUCGCUGGUCCAGCAAUGGCCGAUCAAGGCAACGUCACUUUCCUCAUUCCGAACGGACUGGCGUCGAACAAGUUCAUGGUCUCACCCCUCGGUGUGGUGACUCUUCAAGGUCCACUUGAUCGCGAGAUUGCCAGUCACUAUUCGGUGCCAGUUUUGGCCAGGUCUGCGAAACUACUGGACCUGACAACCCUGGACGUGAUUAUCCUCGACGAGAACGACAAUGCACCGUUCUUUAAACCGGGCUCUUGCUACACCCUGACCAUUCCGGAAAACCAGGAACCCUCCAUCGUCCAUACGGUCGUUGCGAGUGACUUGGACGAGGGAAAGAAUGGAGAAAUAUUCUACAGCAUAGUCGGUGGUAACAUUGGCUCGAAGUUCAAUCUCAACUCUGCGACGGGCGCUUUAUCAUGCUCGAACCUUGACAGAGAAACUGUGUCAAAGUAUGUGUUGACGAUAUCGGCCAAGGACAAAGGUCGCCCAAGUUUAGAAGCGAAGUGCAAUAUAACCGUCUUCGUCCUGGAUAUCAACGACAACGCUCCAACCUUCGUCCAGAACCAUUAUACCGAAACUCGGCCUCGAACCACCUCCCUCAAUGCCCAGCCAAAUGAUAUUGGCAACCUUGGACCCUACACCACCCAGAGAAAUUACCGGACCGGCUAUUCUUCCGAAAGGUAUGCCGCGACCAUUUCCGAGGACGCGCCACCCGAGUCCAGUGUCAUGACCGUCAAGGCGACCGAUCCAGAUCAAGUAAACAACGGCAAGAUCACCUACACCAUGGCUGAUGAAACCACCUGGCUCUUCAGGGUCGACAAUCUCACUGGCGUGAUAACCACUGCUGGCCCCCUGGACCGGGAAUUCCAGGGCGUCUACAACUUUCUCGUGGUGGCAACGGACGGCGGAAAAUACGACGCGAAGAGCACUUCGGUCCCGGUACAAAUCACGCUGACCGACGUCAACGACAACCGACCCGUCUUCACCGAGUACCCGUUCCUGGGCCACGUGGCGAUCGGUUCGCAGCCUGGGCAGAACAUCCUCCAGGUGAAAGCGACGGACGCGGAUCUCGGAGCGAACGGCGAGGUCGUCUACUCCUUCCUGAACGAGCAAGAAAAACCGAAAUUUCGGAUUCAUCCGAGCUCCGGCAUCGUGACCGCGACUUCCUCCCUCGCCCAGGAGAAUGGGAAGGUCUUUCACCUGGAAGUCGUUGCCAGAGAUAAGGGUAAUCCGCCACAGAGUUCGAAGGGAUUGAUAGAAAUCCGCGUCGGUGAAGCAUCGGAUAUGUCGCCGGUGCUCAAGUUCCAGAACGAUACUUACGAGAUCGUCAUGACCGAGAACUCUCCGUCAGGCUCUGAGGUCAUCCACGUGACUGCCGUCCGCUCUGACGGAAGGCGGCAGCAUAUUUCCUACUCAAUCGGUUACGGUGACGACUUCAACACCUUCUCCAUCGACGAGAACUCCGGCCUCGUACGCGUUAACGAUCCCAGAAGACUCGACGCCGAGAUUUGGGACACCGCGGCGACCCGCGACGACGAAGCUGCUAGAAGCACCUGGCGGAGGUCGAUGGAAGGACAACCGACCAAGGAAGAACCCAGGGACUCCGCCACUCACACCCUGACGCUCGUGGCCAAGACGAUGGGCCCCGAACCGCUGGUCGCCUACGCAAAGCUCGUCGUCAGAGUGUCGGACGUGAACGAUAACCCGCCGAUCUUCACCCAGAUGCAGUACUCGGCGACGGUGCUGGAGGGAAACACAAAAGGAGAUUUCGUCGUGACGGUUUCGGCCGGCGACGCGGACCAGGGACUGAACAGCCGCAUACUCUAUCACAUCGUCGAUGGGAAUCCUGACAAUGCGUUCACCAUCAAUCCACCCUAUAGUGGCGUCGUUACCACCAACAUCGUUCUCGACGGGGAAGUCCGCGACAAGUACAGACUCACCAUCAUCGCCACUGAUCAGGGAAACCCUCAGCUUACCGGCACUGCUGCUCUCAGUAUUCGUGUCAUCGACGUCAAUGAUAAUCAGCCUACUUUCCCUGAGCCCCAUGACAUCUUCGUCUCCGAAGGUACCGAGGUUGGCUCUCUCCUGACAACGUUGACUGCCAAUGACGUCGACAGCUCACCGGCGCUCGUUUAUCAGUUCGAUAACAACACUGGUCCUGGUCCAUUCAGCAUCGAUCGUUACAGCGGAAAAGUCAUACUAUCGAAGCAGCUGGACGCGGAAACACAGCCGGAGUAUAAUCUCCGGGUUUUGGCCAGUGACGGCGUCCACCAAGCGUUUACCGAGCUCACCGUCAGAGUCGACGACCUCAAUGACAAUGCUCCAGAAUUCGAGCAGGCUGCAUACUCGGCCUCACUUCCAGAUGGUCAAGGUGAGAUGCAAGAAGUCCUCGCGGUCAACGCAACGGACAAAGACCUCUCGGAGAAGAACUCGAGGAUUCGUUACAGCCUUGUGAGUCCAGUGAAGGGAUUCAGCGUCCACCCGGAAACGGGGAUGGUGCUGGUGAACAGAACAGCGCUCCCGAGGCCGCUGCUGAAGGACGUGGAGCUCGCGGUAUCGGCUCAGGACUCGGGACAGCCAUCGAGGUCAUCGGUCUGCACGGUGGUAGUGAGGCUGAGCACGCUGAAGAGCACUCAACCAGGCAAGGAGUUCCGAAUAAAUGUAACGGAGAAUGCGGAGCGGGGCACGGCGCUGAUGAGGCUCUCGGAUAUAGACCUGAUUGACGGAAACUCAGUACUAUCCGGGGACGAGAACGGGCUCUUCGAGGUCUCCCGGGGCAAGCUGAUCCUCGUUAAGAAAUUGGACAGAGAAACGAAGGAUCGUUUCGUCCUUCGGCUUGGAUCGCGGGGUGAGAAUUCCUCGGCCUCGAUAGUCGUCGUUAACGUUGACGACGUGAAUGACAACUACCCGGAGUUCGAUCGCACGCUCUAUGAGGUAUCGAUAAAAGAGGACGCCGAGAAGGGCAGCACAGUCGCCAUCGUCAGAGCCAAAGACGCCGAUAAGCCAGACACACCGGCAGCCACCGUCACUUACGACGUAACUUCUGGCAACGAUCUUGGCCUCUUUCGCGUCGAGAAGGCCUCCGGGGUCGUUCUAGUCAACGCCAGCCUCGACUGCGACCUCGGACCCCAGGUCCACGUGCUCGUCAUCAUGGCCUGCGACCUCGACCCCUCGGCUCCGCUCUGCGCACUCACCAGAUUGCGCGUCCACCUGGAGGACGUGAACGACAAUUCGCCGAGGUUCCCGGUCUCGGAGUACCUGGAGAUCGUGGGUGAGAACGAACCAGUUGGAACGAGGAUAUUUACCGCGAGAGCGACGGAUCUUGACCGAGGUAUCUACGGCGCUCUGAACUACUCGAUAGUCUCAGCGGCAGCGUCAGGCUUUUCGGAAAUCGACGACUCGUGGAGGCUCUUCGCCGUCGACUCGAAGUCCGGACUCGUUUCAACCCGCGCCGUCUUCGACUACGAGCAGAGGAACCACUACGCCUUCACCCUUCGGGCCACUGACACCGGCGGAAGAACAGCCGCGAUUCGGGUCCGCGUAGAAAUCGACUCCAGGGACGAAUUCUACCCCCAGUUUACGGAGCGGAUGUACAAGUUCACGAUACGCAACACCCUCAUAACCCCCGGCACCGUAAUCGGUCUCAUCACCGCUACCGACAGAGACAAAGGGCCCGACGGUCGAGUCGUGUAUCAACUCACGUCCCAGCAUCCGUCCUUCAAGCUAAACCGAACCACAGGUGCUCUGAUAGUAAAACAGAAGCUGAUAAAUGUCGCGGAGGAAUCGCGACUCGUGGUGUCCGCGAGCUCAGGCCGGCAAGGCUCUCUCUCAAACAUGACCGUUGUCGAGAUAACGCUCGAUGAAUCGGCCGCUGACAUCGGCUCCAACAUGGCGGUCGCAGCCGCCGGGGGCCUGGCCGACUGGGCCCUGGGCCUACUGAUAGCGCUGCUGCUAGUGGUGGUCGCCUUCGGCGGGAUAUUCCUCUUCUUGCACAUGCGAAACCGGCGUCACAAGAAGGGAACGAAGCCGAGGCUGAAUGGCGAGAAUACAGUAACGACGUCGAACAGCUACGUCGACCCCAGCGCCUUCGACACGAUACCAAUACGCAGCGGGGGGGCGACGAGCCAAUUCGCGCCCCCAAAAUACGACGAGAUACCGCCCUACGGGACUUCCGGCCAGUCGGCUCAGCAGCAGGCCACAUCCGAACUCUCGGGCAGCGAUCAGUCCGGCUCUUCGGGGCGGGGAUCGGCCGAAGACGACGGCGAGGACGAGGAAAUAAGGAUGAUAAACGAGGGCCAGCAGGGCGGCGACUCGGCGAGCGAUCUCUCGGUGCACAACACUCAGGAGUAUCUCGCUCGGCUGGGGAUCGUCGAUCCGCCAACCGGGACGCCAAGACGACCACCGGAAGCGCUCCCGCUGGACAGCCUCCACCUUUUCGAGGACGAGACAUCGACGGAGGCGGACAUCGCGACGCUGAUAUACGGCAAGAUCAGCGAGGCCGGCCGGCCAACUUCCGGUCUCGAAGCACCCCAGCCAUCGAUGAACGGUUCUCUGAGCUCCAUCGUCCACUCGGAAGAGGAGCUCACCGGGUCCUACAAUUGGGACUACCUCCUCGAUUGGGGCCCCCAGUACCAACCGCUCGCUCACGUCUUCGGCGAGAUCGCGCGGCUCAAGGACGACGCGGCCAGCGUGCAGAGCGGGAACUCUGCGAGCAGCAAGGGCAAACCCGUCCACAAGGCCCCCCCGCCCCCCCUCCUCACAUCGGUCGCUCCCCGGUCGCUCGCGGCCCCCGCGCUGGCGAGGGGGAUCGUCCCGAGGUCGCCGAUCAGCCACGACGGAUCCACCUUCCCAUCGGCCGCCCUAAGCCCUAGUUUUUCCCCCUCUCUCUCGCCCCUCGCGACCAGGAGUCCCAGCAUAAGUCCCCUCGUGCCUCCCGGGGCCCAGCGGUCGAACCAAGGGCCGCAGCGCGGCAUGCCGGUCGCGGAUUCGGAGCUGAGGAUCUAGGCUGAGGGGGGGAGAUAAAUUAAUAGGACAAUGUUUCAAAUUUUAACUGUAGUAGGUAUCCGAGACUUUGGACUGCUACGCGAGCAGCGACGAAGCUGGUGAAGUGUGCGUGAUUCUGAUUUUUUUUAAUCAUUUUGUUGACCAGUGACUAAAGUGUGGGUUUUUGUUUUAACGAUGUAACGAUACACGUGUUAUCAUCGGUGUAAAUAUCAGUAUAAAUAAUUGAAUAAGAAACGACUGAACUCCUAGGACUUAUCGAUAUACUAUGCGUUAUGUAGGAUUGGACGAACGAUUACUGGACUCAAUGAGGAGCCUCGUAUAGAGCGGGUGUAAGCGUUGAAUAUAAAUAAAUAUAUACGUACAUUGUGAUUUUGGUCGGGGCGCAUAAUAAAAGCAAAAGUUCGAAAUAUACUCAGUAUUUCAUUGUAAAAGCUUUACAAUUAGAUGGGUAUGAAAAAGUGGCCAUAUAUAGGACGUUCAAAGAAUUUCUUUCGUCAGUGAAACGAAAUUUAAUAUACCGAUCAAUAUACAUAUAAAUAAAACUACAUCUUGCCUUACUGCAUUGCCACUUCUGUAUAGUAUGAUGAACGAUUAUUUUUUAAUAAACAUAGUAUAUACAUAUAUGUAUGCUGUAACUACGUUAUUAUAGAGGGAUAACACGAGUGUAAAGUAAAAGAAUAUUUAGAAUGUGUCGUAUACGACGAAGCGUUGAGCUGUAUUAUUGUUGAUUGAAUAUAUAUGUAAUAUUUGCCGAAAAAUAAUUUUUUAUUGGAGCCGGCAUGAGGAAGCAGGAAAUAAAUGUGUACAUAGACAAUCUUGCCAGUGCCACGAAUUUCCAUCUCGCUUCAUACGCAAGUUGUUGAAUUGUAUAGAAGAAUAACACAAAAAGAAAACUAGAAUGAAAAGAAAUAAAUCCUUGUCUAAGUAGCCUUGUACAUAUAGGUAUAUAAUUUUAAUGAUAAUAGUAUUAAGGAUAACCAUAAUGAUAACAAUUUUUGUUAUAAUCAAAAAAUAGACUGCCACAAUUAAGCCGGUCUGGUUUCACUGUGUUUAGUUAGUUGUUUUUGGAGAUUGAAGUAAAAGAAUUUUUAGGAAAAGAAAAUAAUGAGAAACAAUAACUCGCUAAAUGAAACGAGUUGUUGUAUACUAUAUGUAAUAUUGUUGUCUAGCGCUUAACGAAUGUAUAAGUUAAAUUAUUAUUGAACAUAGGGAAACCGUCCCGUUUAUAUAAUUAUUAUUA